AUGGCCACCAAAGCCGUCAAGCCCAAGACCGCCACCGGUGUGGCGGCACACCGCAGCCGGACAGGUUGUCAAACUUGCCGCAGCCGAAAACUUAAGUGUGAUGAGGUGAGGCCCAUCUGCGGGCAAUGCCUGAAAUCACACCGUGAGUGUGUACGCUCGGAGGGGAUCACCUUCCGCCAUCACCAGAACGCCGCCUUCGCUAGAGAAGGACAAGACCACUCCCUCGACAGCUUCUACAAAUACGCCCAGUCAUACACAGAGGAGGAAGUGCGCACUUUCCUGCCGGUGCCACAGCAGUUGACCUGGAUCUACGUGACGGACCCGACCGCGGAAGAUUCAACCACACCACCACCACCGCAGACACAAACCCCGUCCGACUCAUAUCAGCAAGUCGCAGCACACACCUUGGAAGCACUGUCGACGGCCGCUGCAGACCAUGUUUCAUACCCGCCACAGGCCACGGCAUACUACACAACAGUGGCUUCACAGGAUGCGCACCCUGACUAUGCAUUUGUUCGAGGAGAACCAGGAAGUGGAAUUGGCGGACAGAACAACAACAUUAAUUUUCUACUCAAUCCGCAAGGUCAAACCCCGUCUUCUCUAAUCGACCCAAACCUCGAGGCAACCGUCGCCCAAGCUGCUGAACAAGCUGUUGACAUGAAACAUGAGAUAAGAGUCGGCGAUCAUUUUGAGGCAGAGCAUUCGCAUGACAUGCAUGAACCGCUCGAGGGUCAAGACGAAGCCAUGGGCGAUUCAGACGUUGCGAUGUUGAGAAAAUACAACGAAGCUUCAGCCUAA